AUGAGUUAGAGACAUCUUCAGAAUCAUUACUAAGAUCAGUACUAUGAAAGAGUACCCUAUGAGAGUAGCGAUAGGCUCUCACAAAAAUCAAACAGAAAUCGAAACUAUCAAUCUAGCAACCACUACUAGAGCAAGAAUUAUCAGGAUUAUAGAUAUCCGAAGGCAUCACAAUACUAGCAAAGGGAUAAGAGAUAAACUCAAAGUUAUUACUAUGAUUAAGAAAAUGACUCACAAAAAGAAUUAUCGAAAAAUUAGAAAAUUUAAUAGCAAAAUGAAAAAGAAUAAUAUGAACCAAGAAACCCAAAACAGCACUCUAGUUAAUUUUAUCCCAACACCUAAAAAUUGUACUAGAAGUAGUAUCAAAUGCACUAAGCUGAUAUUAUCUAAUCAUCAGAGCCCAUAACAAGCUAGCAUUUUCAGGUUAUGCCCAAUACUCAACAAAUAAUUAAUUCAGUCCCCUAACAGCCUCAAUAAUAUUAAAACCAGCAUAUUUUGGCUGGUCCUUAUUUUAUUAAUCCUCCUCAACAGCAAUAUCAACCAUAAUUUCUCCAAACUCCCUCUAUGAUAUUCCCUAACCCUACUUAACUGAAUCAGAUCUACUAAUAAAGAAUGCAAUUUGAGACUCCUUAGUCAUCAGGAAGUUCAAAUGACACCCCACAAAAUUAUUCAAAUAAUCCCUAUCCUCAGAAUUCCUAGUUUUCUACCCCUAAGAUUGAUCCCACUGUUACAUGCACACACCCUAUGACUGUAAACUGCUUGAGAAAAUGUGCGCAAUGGAACCUAGCAAUUAAGUUCAACCAAAAUAAGGCAAUUAAAAUCAAGCAUGGCGCAAUAGCAGUCAGAUAGUAUGGAUAUCUAAACAAAGGUGCUCAGUAAUUCACUCAAGAUAUAAUUGACGCUUACAUUUAAAACGAGACUGCUAAUUAAACUUCCAAUGUUCCAAUUGUAUAAUCCUAGAACCUAAACUUGCAAGAAUUUAAUGGUUUCAUGCCCUGUAGUUCAGCUGAAUAACAAGAUAUUUCUCCUUUAGAAUUACCAUUGAACAAUUCAGAUGGAUUUUUAGAUGUCAGAUGUGAGGAUAUCUUAUAGAAUUAAAUGUGUGAGAACAUGUUUUGUGUUGAAUUUGACUUAAAAGAUAUACCGCUGAUAGAUACAUCUAUACCCUUAAACUUGAAUGAUACAGAAGUCCAAGAAGCUCAUCCUAGAAUCAUAAACUAGUAACUUGUUGAUUCAACCUUUCACUAUUAUGUUAAUGGGUAUUGCCAUGGGUAGAAGAUAUUGCAACAUGAUUUACACUACUUGCUUCAAGGUAAAAAAAUAGUAAAGAGUAUUCAACAAAGAAUAAUUGACUAUAAAGAGCACAUUCAAAAGCAAGUUCAUCAAAAGCUUAAUUAACUCUAUCGGUGCACUCCAAGAUGUAAGUAUAAUGGAUAAAGAUGUUACUAUCAUCAGGAACAAUAGCCCUUAACUUUUAACUUCAGAUAUAAUAUGAAUAUCAUGAACUAAAUGAAUUAGCAAGGAGUUGGGCCUUUUCUAUUAAGAACAAAUAAUCUACAUUGUAAAAUGCUAAAUAUUCCUAAAUCAGUUGGUGUCUAGUUUAGCUUUGAUAAUUUACCCUACAUUGAAUAGUUUCUCUCAAACUUUAAUCAGUUAGUAUUACAAAAUGGCAUCAUUAAUAAGAUCAUUAUUUGCUUCGAUCUGCCCUUAAGUAAAUUCUCUCAAAAAGCCCCAAUAACUACUGCUGCUAGUUCAUUUAAUCCUAUAUCCCCUUUGAAUCAAAUGAUCUUGAAAGAUUUUACAAACUUAGUGGGUGUUAGAAGUAACAACAAAGUCGAUAUUUAUUCAUUCAAAGAAGAAGCUAGGCCACUCAAUCUACUUGAGGAAUUCUAGAGAAUCAAAGUAAAGCCCAUUGAUGAGGAAUCAAUUGAAUCUAAAGCUGAUAAUAGUAUUUAUGAAAUGAAUUCAACAAAUCUGACUGUUCAACAAAAUCUUGGAAAGACCAUGUCAUCUUAAAUUCAAAAUAAAAUAGUCGAAAAUUCCAAUUAAAACAGCAUAAAUGAAUUUUAUCCUUAGAAACCCUAGUACUCCUAAUUUUAAACGUAAACUUUCAACUAUGACCCAAAUGUUAUUAUGAGAAGUAACUUUUAGUUGUAAUAGUAGAUGAUUUUGCUAAAUCAACAAUAGUAGUAAUUGUUUUACUAAUUUCCAAUGCUUUUGAACCCAAAUUACUUCAUUAAUCAAUAAUUACACUAUCAACCAGAUAUUCAGCCUUUCUAAAUAUAGCAGUAGUAAAUUCCACAACCAACAUUAGUAUAGUAACCAACUAUCUAGUAUAAAAAUAACCUUGAACUUUUACUUAAUACUCUCACUCCUUAAAUUUCUAGUGAGAAUUUCACUCUAGGCUAGCUUCUACUAUCCUUCAAUGAUUCUUCUAUAAACGGUGCUAAGGUACAGCUUUACAACUAAAUUGAGGAGCAAAAAGAGUUGUUAGUCAUGAUUCCUACUCUUUCCUCUCUAUAUCUUAGCUACUUUGAAUAGAAAUCAUCUUAGAAUGAAAUAUCAGAUUUCUUGAUAAAUCUCAAUAGCACCAAUAAAGUUAGCCAGAAUCACUCUAGUUUGAAUUAGAACUCUAACAGAUUUCGCAGAGUAUAUGAAUAUCAUGAGGAGAGACCAAACUACUCGAGAGAUCCAUUCAUCUUAUAGGUUGGUGAGAUAUUAGAGGAGCAUCCUAAUCUCAAAAAUCUUAGAAUUGAAUCUGAUAUUGAUCUAAUAUCAAGUUGGUUUGCUGUAGUUUGGACUCCAAUCAAGCAUAUUUCUAUUAACAGAGAAGAUUCAAAUAUGAGUUAGUCACAACUGACUUAACAAUUUCUUGUCAUAUAUAGCUUAACAACACCUCCUAAUCAGCCCCAUAAGCUCAAGGUUCUAGGUUUUAUUCCACUAAAGGAUGAUAACAAGGAUUAUUGGGUCUAGCCUAUCUUCUCUGAUGCAGAUCAAUCUGAUUCCAAACUCACAGAUGCAUAGCAAGCAGCUAAUCUCACUAAAGAAUAUAACAGUAACAAGGACCGAUUGAAUGCUCUGAAAGAGAAAGGAAUAGAGUUCUUUGAAAGUGAGGGCUACAAAACCUUUGAUUAUAACUUCUUUGUAAAUAAUAUUUGCCUCUACUAUGACACUUAAUGA